GGUCAUGGUCUUCCUCUUAAAGAGGCAUGUGAGCUAGAAGUGUCUAUUAAGAGAAAAGACAGCUCUUAUGUUCAAUGUUUUUUUUAAUUUUAGUCCCUGGACUGUGUUUGGUAUGUGGGAGUCUGGUACCUGACUAAGGUUAACUGCAUGAAAUUUUUAAGUAUUUCAUUUUUCUUACCUCAGGCUGUGUCUUCUCUAUGGCUAUUUUAAUUUGUUUAAUAUUUUUUCUCCUAAAGACUGGGGAGAAGGGAAUGGAAAAAUUAAAUCUGUUGUAAAUCUGAGUGUUAAAAGAAAAAAAAAAGGAAAAAUUGUUGUAGAGGAAGCGAAUCUUGUAGUUCCCCCUCACUUGUGAAAAUAGGAAAGUUAAAAAAACCUGCUUGUUUUGGCUGUGCUGAAUUAAUAAAGGAGAGAGGAAAAACCUACCUCCCAGCUCUACUUACGAGGUAAUUAUCCUUGAUGAUGAUUUACCAGCCACACCACUGUUCACACAGGCUUCAUUUCAUAGCAGUCUCUUUGAAAGGAAACUUAAUUAGUCUGUGACCCCUGCUUGAUGCUGAGCUAUGUUUUUGCUUUAUUUUUCUCCUCUGGUAGCAUAAAAUAAUUGUCUGUGUCUUCCAUUUCUGAGUGUGGUUGACUCCUAGCACACAACAAGUUUUCUGUCAGAGGUGGAGCACUGGGGAAAGUCCAGCAGGGCAGGAGGAGUGUAUGAGUUUGUGUCCACUGGAGAUGUUUGCUUUGAAAUGAGUAAACAAACGAUGAACUGACAUUUGUAAAACAUUCGGCUUCUUACAGUGGAGUUCAAGCGAUUCAUCAUUAACGUAUUAAAUUACUUCCUCUUAAAAACUGUGCUUUCUCAAGGUAUCCCAAGCACUGGGAAAAUACCUUCUUUUUAAGCCCCUUAGGGGAUAAAUUUUCCAUCACAAACAAUUUAAAAAAAACCCAAAAGUAAGUUUAUUGCUGAGGCAUUGGUGUCCACAGGAGGUCUGGGUGUGGGCAGGUCUGUGGCUCACGGAGGCUUCCCAGGCACUGGCACUGGCCUUGGCACAUCCCCUCCGGCAGCAGUUCCACCUGGAUGACUUCCCUCCAUCAGCACCCCAGGGCUAGCCCGGGCAUCUUGCUCCUGCCUGUAGAGACAUGCUCUCCAGCUGGGCUUGGACAGGAGGGGUGGUGUCCAGGCUCUGCCCGCUGGGCUGUGCGGGCAGGGACCAGGAUUCUGCUGCUGAGCAGCCGGGUUUGCUCAGCUGCGCUCGAGUGGUGCAGAGCCCUUCAGCCGAGGCGGGCAGAGCCCAUGAGUCAUAAAACAAAUGCAUCCUUUGUCUCUGCCUCCUUGCACCAGGGCAUGAGAAUGCAACGCCCUGAGCAGGGACGCUGAGGGAAAGGGAGUUAGCAAGGGACGAUGUGAAGCCCCUGCAAGCCCCACCACCAUGAUGAGAAACCUCAGGAGCAGCGUAUAAAGCCAGUGAUGCUCACAGGGAUGUUUUGGGACAUCCCUUUGUCACAGUGCUUGACAACUAGCAGAAAACACAAGGCAAUCAAAAUGCCACCUGAUUCUGUGUUGGGCAAUGCCAAAUGAAUUAUUAUCCAUUGGGGGUUUUUUGCUAGAGAUGGAGUAGGGCUAGGCUAAGAAAGGGGAGUUCUGUAAGGCCACUGAAAUCCUGUCCCAGCCUAUAGAAACAGGGUGUGGAGGCUUCAAAAGAUUGAUCAGCACCAUGUGUGUGAGGGGUGUAUAACAGACCCCAAAUCCCAUUUGAAUACAGGAAUUGUUGCCAGAAGAGUGUCCUUUCAAAGCCUGCGUGAGGUUAUCACCUAAACCACAAGGGCAGAAGCCAGCCUCUGCAGAAAGAAGCUUCCUUUUCAUCUCCCACAGUUGUGCUGAGGGUCUCAGAGGUACUGAGAGUAAAGGAAGUGAGGGGAGGUCAAGACAGUUUCAAGGGCAUGGAAAUAAUAGAUUGUCUGGAGCUUGUGGGGUACCAGGGGCAGGGAAGGCUACCACUUCUCCUGGGCUCUGGCAGGCUCAGCUGGACCCCCAUGAGUGUAAGGAGUGUUUUGGGGGUGUGAGGGGAGAGGAGAGGGGAGAAGUUACAACCAGAUGUACUGCUUGUAACCAGAGUGUCAGGAACAGUAAGAAGUAUGUGCCUCGGGAGGGACACAGGGGUUUUUGGUACAACAAGAGCAACAAACACCUUUCCAAAGCUGCUUAGAGCAUGGAGCAAAGUCUGUGGUAGUGAUAAUUGAAUACCUCAGACUUAGGUCUACCUAAAUUGCAAGGUUUCUAGGAUGUGCCGAGGAACACCAGGUCAAGGUUGAAAUUCCAGGACCUGGAUGCCUUCUUAGUGGAAGUUUUGGAUAAAGGUUGCAGCUGAAGCUCCAGUGUCCUCAGGGGUUUCCUUGAAGCCCCAGGAAAAUGCAUUUGGGCCAUAAAACUAAUUUUAACAAGCUCAAGAAGAAGGCUUCUCUACCUCCAAAUGCAUUUGUGUCUGCAGGCAGAAGCUGCUGGCAGCUGUGUCUCUGGGGGUUGGGAGGAGGGCUGCCCACCACUGUCACACCCGCAGGUGCCUGUGAGUCACCUCUGUGCACAGCCUGCUUCAGGCACAUCAGCCAAGUUUGCCUCUCGCCUCUGUAGUCGUGCACCUGUGCCUAGUGCUGUGCAACCCGCUCUUGCUAAACGCAGCUCAUCUCCGAGGCAUGAGGAGCAGUGGAAAGCUCCCAAUCUCCCACAGCUUCUCCUCUGGGACACGUUGGAGGAUUGGCUCUCCAGCUGCCCAGCUGUUGUCAUGGCCUUGGAGCACCUGCCUGGUCUCUCGUUGCUGACAGUAAUACUGGACCACCUGCAAGGGAGAAGAGGUCAGACAAGGGGUUGACCCAUGUGGCACAGGUUAAUAAAGUGGACACCAAGAAAUGAGCUCUUUUGGCACCAAUCACUUGGAGGCAGAGGGAUAAUUCAUAGAAAUAUGGCAGCAGUGGGGUUUUUUAGGUCUAGAGUACAUCCUUUUUUCCGUCCCUUUUGCUCUUUAUGGUCUCUCUGCUUCCCCCUUUGCUGCAAUCCCAUUGAACUUAGUUAAGGUGUUCCUUAGGUUGUCUGGAAACUUGUCAUUUUCCAGCUGAUACCUGUGGUGGUGACUGUCCAGCUUUCCUCACAACCACAGUAACCCACUGGAGGUGGACUCACCCCAAGAGAAGGGGCUUGCUUUCUCCAGCUAAUGUAACUGCAACAAUACCUGCCCAAGGGGAGACAGGAGUGAGCCAGGUUCUGCCUGCCAAGGAGGAGAAGAAAGCCAGCUUGUGGAAAGAGCUUGGGCUGGAUGGGCAGCCCAUGUACAAGGUGUCAGUGCUGUUGUUACACUGAACAGGGUAACACAUUCAACCUUGCUUUAUACAAUGCAGCUGGAGCAGACCCACUUUUCCAUGUAGCAGUCAGAGUUCAAGUGCCUGUGUUCAGGCAGGAAAGAGUUCCUUGCUUUUUGGAUUGCUGCCUGGCUUGUGAUGUCCCUUAGAUGGCAAUAACUAAAGGGUUUUUUAACAUCUCUGGAGUUUGCAGCACACAGAUCCAUGAGCCAGGCAGUGGUCUCUCCAGCUCUCAGAUGAGUGGGAAACCAGGAUUCAUCUUAGGUUUGGCAGACUCUGCAGUGUUGUGUUACAGAGUACAUGGCUGAGCAUUGCUCAGACUCAGAUUUGACCUGCAAGACAACCCCUGGACACCCUGGCCUGUCAGGAAGUUUGGCAGGGACAGAGAUCGAGGCUGACCUCAUGAGCCUGCCAUUUUCAAAUACAAAGCUAUACAGUUUCAUGUGUACUGGUUCUGGCCUCCAAACACCUGGCUGGGACUAAAAAUAUCUUCUCAACUUAAAAAUAAUGGAUACAUUAAAAAAUUCAUGUUAUUAAAAAAUUCCUUCACAUGCUAUCAUACAAAAAUACUUAGGCACUGCCAAUAUAAUGAUGAGAGCACUGAGGAUGUCUGCAUGCCUAAUCCUCAAACCACUGCAGAAAGAGUGGUGGGAAGUGCUUGGUUUUCAUUUUUCACUGUUGGAACUCCUGCAUACCCCAAAAAAGGCAGCUGCUGAGGAGGAAGGAGGUGGCAUUGUUAGAGAGGUCUCACAAUGCUCUGUUCCUCAGAAAGCUCCCCUUCAUUGACAGAUUUGUCUGCUCAUAUUUCCCAACAUCUUCUUUGAAGAACCAGGAAGUCAGUGGCCCCAGCAAAACAGAGGCACAAAUGCAAGUACUCAGGCAGAAGAAGGAAAUUCAAGCAGUUUUUGCUGUUGUCUGCUCAAGCUGGGCUCACUGCAGCCUUUCUUUCCUGGUUUAUAUUUUCUUAACCACCUGGUAAAUGCAGUUGUCUCAGGGUUGGGGUUUUUUCCCUUUACCCUCUCCAUGCACACAUGCUCCAUCCCUUGGAAAGAAAAACUUGGUGGGCUCUGGUGUCUGAGCUUCUUUCUCCAAGAGGUUUCACACCUCUGACUGAUACCUUUAUGCUGCUCUUUCUGGAAGGGGAUGAAUUUGAUGCAGGGCACCUGACUCUAGACUGCAGGAUAUAAGCAAUCUCAGGAAUUCAGUAGGAAUGCUACUUGGCCUUGGCUCCAUGAACCAGCUGCAACCUCCCUCCUUCUCUUCCUCCUUCAUACCUGGCUUGGGGGAGUCAGCUCCCAUUCCCAGCACAGGUGGGAGAUGGGGCUGCUCGUAGCAAAGCCCUGUGCUGUGGGUGUGUGUGGGAUACAGCCAAAGCAUGGUGGUGCUGGUCAAAAUGGCCCAGGAUAGCAUGCCCUGGAAUAACGCUGCCUUCUUUGGAAUAGGGGUGAGGUUGCAUGAAGAAUUAAAGAUGGCAAAAAGUGAUGGUUGCACACACAUUUUGCAGGGUCUGUUAGUCUUUGGGAAUGUGGUCAUUGGGAUGUGUGGCAUUGCCCUGACAGCAGAGUGUAUCUACGUUGUGUCUAACCCCCACGGUCCCUACCCUCUGCUGAGAGCCACAGAAAACCGUGACAUCUACGCUGCUGCCUGGAUUGGCAUCUUUGUUGGCCUUGCACUCUUUGCCCUGUCUAUCCUUGGUAUCAUUGGAGUCAUCAAGGCCAGCAGGACCUUGCUGUUAGUGUACAUCAUUCUGAUGCUGAUCACUUUUGCAUUUGAAAUGGCUUCUUGCAUCACAGCAGCAACUCACCAAGACUCACUGACUCCAGAGUUCUUCCUGAAGCAAAUGCUGGAGAGAUAUCAGAAGUCAGACCCAGCCAAUAACAGUGACAAUGAGAUCACAAAGACGUGGGAUGAAGUCAUGCGUCAGAACCACUGCUGUGGGGUGAAUGGCCCCUCCGACUGGCAGGAGUACACGUCUGCCUUCCGCCUCACGCACAGCGAUGCCGACUACCCCUGGCCACGGACGUGCUGCGUCCUGGAUGCAAACGGGCUUCCUGUCAACCUUGAUGGCUGCAAACUUGGAGUGUCUGGCUACUAUAACAGCAAUGGUUGUUAUGAUGCUAUUUCUGGGCCAGUGAAUGCACAUGCCUGGGGUGUUGCCUGGUUUGGCUUUGCCAUCCUCUGCUGGACUUUCUGCGUCCUCCUUGGCACCAUGUUCUACUGGACUGGAAUUGAAUACUGAAGGCCUGAUGUCCUCAGUGCUGUCCUGAAGAGCCAUGUGAAACUGCAUUUGUCUCCCACUUCAUUCUCCUCAAGCCAUGGAGGAUUUGAAGUUUUCCCACUACCUCUCCCAUAUAUACUUUCGCCCCUCCAAAAACUUGACACAAAGAACUGAGGACUGCAGGAAAGAAUCUUCUUGUCCCUGCUUUGCCCUUGUUCUGCAGCCUUAAUGCCUCCUGGCUGAAGCACAAUCCUUCUUUCACUGUGCAAGAAGUUCUGGAGCAUAAGAUGAGAAAAAAAGUGAUCUGGUUUGUUCUCUGAUGACAUCAGAAAAGAAAAUGUCCAUACACAAUUGGUCCAGAAAAAUGUCUCUCUAAAAUUAGUUUGAAUUUAAAUUAUAACGCUUCAGGAAGGUCUAUGUGAGCAAAACUAUAACUUCCUGUGACCAAUAAGGACAGAUGCUGCAAGGGAAAAGACUGCAGACCUCUCUGUUAUAUUCUACUGAUCAACUUCUCUUGCUGGUCUCUGUCACCCUUGCCUUAGAAUAAGGCAAAUUUUCUGAGCAUUUAAGUGUGUCAGCAAUAAAAUCAUAUCACAGACAGAAAGUCUGUUGCUAGUCAAGCCCAAUAAAAGGCUAGCUCGCUCCUCAGCAAUAUGCUGCCUAUAUGCAAGCCUACCUCCUGUCACUGAUGAAACUACUGCAUGUGCUCCUACCUUCAGAAGUGCCUGUCCAGGAAAAGCUCCACUUGCUAACAAGCAACUCCUUCAAGAAAGCUGUUAUGUACUUUGCACAAGGUUUCAUACAUCUACAGGCUAGAAUUUGUGCAGUACACAGGGGGUUCUGUGCUGUAGUUGCCUUUGCAAAUGUGGCUGUCCCAUGCUCCUGGUUUAUUGUGCUUCUUGCUUUAGCUACCUGUGUGUAAGUGGUCACACUCCCUGUGUCACUCCCCUUCCACAUCCCUGGAUCAGGUAGGACAAAUGGCAAAUAAUGGCAGUGAGUAACUCUUGUGAAAAAAUGCAAGCAAGGAGCUAACUGAACCAAACCCAGUCCUUGCAUCAGUGCUUGCAGUUUUCACUCAGUUCAAUAAAGGCUGUUUACUUUGGCCCAGACUGAGCUGGUGUCUUUCCUAGUGAACGCUUCAAUAGUUAAAUGUAUUGUGAGAAGUGUGCUCCUCUGCAGAGUGUUUUAGGGUGAAGCCUCUUCCAAAGAGGUACUGGUUCAUGUCCUGAUGCUUGCCGUCUGCCUUGAUUCCUUGUUUUUGUAUAUUCACCAAAAUACUAAUUAAAAAGAAAUGU